CUAGCCACAAUUUGAACAUAUAGUAAACAGCAUCCCCAUAGAAUUCAAUGUCAAAACGCUUCAACUGAAGUUGGUUUGAAGUAAUAAAGGUUAAACCGGCUUGCCAUAGUGACACUUUAAACUGCUGUGUCGUUUCGCGUUUGAUGAAUCCUGUAUUGCCAUCUUCACCUGCAUAAGGGAAGACAAGAACUCAAAACUUGACGUUUAGAAGUAUGACUGUUUUGUGCUAUUGCUUCUCUAAAAACAGUCGUCAGGACUUCACAUAAAAAGCCUCUAUCCUCACAGGAAUGUAGUUUGGAGGGCGGAGACUCGCAACAUUACAUUCUGCAUCCAGAAACGGUGAAAUAUGGACACUGCCAUGAGAACAGCCGUGAUCAUUCGAGAUCGUUCAGCACUCUUCCCAACAGGAUCCGAGCACAGCGCGACGGCAGGAAUGGGGCUGGAGAUGACGGAGAGGUGGAUGUAGUGUUUGUGCUCGGGAUCUGUAGGUCAUACUCACGGCUGGAGUUUAUGGUGAUCGUUUUGUAACGAGGGUUGUUCUUUGUUGAGACACUGUUUUCUGCCUGGCUGUUUUCAGAGGACCAGGGGACCGCGAACCAGCUCUUAUAUCUGGGCGGGACGCGGAGAUAAGAGUUCAGCAUGAGGAAUAACGAGGAGACUGAGGGCUUUGAUGGCGAGGCCUCCAACACCUCGAUGAUUUCAGGAGCCAAUAGUCCGUAUCAGCCGACCACCGAGCCCGUGCACUCCAGAAACGUGUUCAGGGCCAUUAGGUGUGACCUGGACUAUAUCAAAUCACAUUUCGGUGUUUUAAAAGUUAUCGAAGUGGUCCUUGCUCUCAUUUCUUUCAUCUUCAUUGAGACCAUAAUGAUGUGCUCGCCCUGUGCCGGCGUCUACCUCUUUGAGUUUGUCAGCUGCAGUGCCUUCGUUGUCACAGGUGUCUUGCUCCUCAUCUUCAGCCUGAACCUGCACACCAAAGUGCUCCAUAUCAACUGGAGUCUAACAGAUCUGAUCAACACUGCCACCAGCACCUUGUUCUUCUUUCUGGCUUCAGUGGUUUUGGCAGCUCUCAACCAUAAAACUGGAGCAGAGAUCGCAGCUGUGAUUUUCGGGUUCCUAGUGAUGGGUGUGUACGGUCUGAACACAUUUUUGGCAGUACGGAGAUGGCGUCUCGGGGACUCGCGAGAUGGACCCCUGCAGACCAGCGAGUACAUCCGUGCCCGCACAGCCUCACGGGGAGAGGUGGAGUCACGGCCUGAGCUACAGUAAAGCACACAGGCAGACCAAUGAAGACUGAGACAAGCAAAGCCUGUCUGCAUUCCUGGCACAGUGUGCUCUUUCAUAUCCUCGUGAUGGGAGCCUGACGAGCGGCAGUCAGGAAGAGCGCUUACAAACAAACAAUUGCGUGAACAGUCUAAAAUGGAACAAACCUCUGGCAUCUUCAUCAGUCUCAGGCCAGCAUCUUUUGACUUUAUACUUAAAUACUGUAUAUUUAUGUUAAUUAAGGGCUUUACCUUAUAAUGAUCUGGAUAAUUAUUGCCUGAAACUCACUCCACUGUGCUCCUAAACUCCCAGCGGGGAAAGGUUUUAAUAAUGCCUGCAAUAAAACCCGCUUCUAUUUAGCUCUGCAUUCUAUUUAGAAUGCAACUAUGCCUUAAAUGUCUUAUCGAGGAUUAAAAAUAACUAUACAGAAUGGAAUAAUGGAAAUGAAUGGUUGCUAAAUAGACUGAUCUAAGUGAUCUUUCUGACUGAAAUGUAAUGGGAAUUUGUAGGAAUGUUUGAGCAAAAACAAUUUAAAAAAAAAAUAAUUCUCUGCCAUUGUGUUCCUGUAUCAAACACAUCUAGUAAACUGCCGUUGCAUUGGGCUGUUUUUCUGUAGAGAUGAAGUGACUAGAUGAUAGGAGCACCAGUAUUUAUUUUAAUGUUAAUUAUUUUUUGUAAUACCACAGCUUUGGUUGCUACAUUGUAUCAAAUGUGGAAUUUCACCUUGUGAAUGUGUCCCUGCAUUGCAACAGACAGUUACAGCUUUCAGAUUGUCUGUGUGGGUGAAGGGAGGUGUGAGUUUAUGAAACUUUUUAGUCUAAUCUUUAGAUGAUACAAAUGUUUAGUUACUAAAUCGUGUGUGCAUAGUCUGUUGGUCAUUUUUGUUGGUCAUUAUUUUCUCUACUCCACUGUGUACUCCAAGUUAUCUGUAUAUGUCGAUUUAAGCAAGGGUAGAGUUUUUGAAGAAGGUGUAUAUAUUACGUAUAUGUGUGUGACAUUUUACAUUUCUGAAGGUUUCCUAUUUGUAUGAAUUCUGACACUAAUAGACUGUAUUUGAAGGAACAAGUGUACUGCAGUACAUAUGAAUGCAUUAGCUAACUGUGUGCUUUAAUCAUAGAGGCUUUAUUAGUCGAAACCCUUGGACACUAAUGUUACGACAACAUUAGCAGAAUAACUGCUUCAUUGGGUGUGAAAUUCAAACAUUUUAUUUGCACGCUCUGAUGAAAGUGGUAAAAUGAUCUGUUUUCUGACGUGAAGCUUUGUUGACCUUCUAAUGGGUCUUUUUUAAAAGAGUAUCAUAGAAUGACAUCGGGGGGGAAUUAAAUGCAUCUUUUAACACAGAUUUUAAGGCAUAGUGCAAUUGUUCAUGAUUUGUUUUUCACUAGAAAAUGCUAAUUUGCAAUAUUCGUUUAUAUAUUCAUACUUAUGUCUUAUUUUAAGUUCUUAAAUGAAGUCACUUUUAUGUUUUGGAAUAAGACCAAUGUUGAAAUGAAGUCAUUUUGAGUAUAAUGUCUCACAUUAUAGACAUUGAUCAACACUGUGUGGGCUUGAAAACGUUAAAAGACAAUCACAAGAAUGAUUUUUGUCUUAAUGAAGGACUCUGCAUUAAUGUGCUGAAGUCACUGA